CUUCCUGGCGGAGCCAUGGCCGCGCACCCGGCUGGCGCACGGGCUCCGACGCCCGGGCCCCGCCGCCCCGCCCGCCCGGCCCCGCUGCUCGGGAUCCCCGCGCCGCGCCCGUAGCGCGCCCUCCCAGGGCUGCGAUCUUGUUUAUGAUGGAGGGAAGCCGGCAGACGCGAGUGUCUCGGCCGUACAAGAUCAGCGAAUCCUCAAAGGUGUACCGCUGGGCCGACCACUCGAGCACGGUGCUUCAGCGGCUGAACGAGCAGCGCCUGCGCGGCCUCUUCUGCGACGUGGUCCUGGUGGCCGACGAGCAGCGCGUGCCAGCCCACCGCAACCUGCUGGCCGUGUGCAGCGACUACUUCAACUCCAUGUUCACCCUCGGCAUGCGCGAGGCCUUCCAGAAGGAGGUGGAGCUGGUCGGCGCCUCCUACAUUGGGCUCAAGGCUGUGGUGGACUUCCUGUACGGCGGGGAGCUGGUGCUGGACGGCGGCAACAUCGACUACGUCCUGGAGACGGCCCACCUGCUGCAGAUGUGGACGGUGGUGGACUUCUGUUGCGAGUACCUGGAGCAGGAGGUGAGCGAGGACAACUACCUGUACCUGCAGGAGCUGGCCUCCAUCUACAGCCUCAAGCGGCUGGACGCCUUCGUUGACGGCUUCGUCCUCCGCCGCUUCGGCACGCUGUCCUUCACGCCCGGCUUCCUGCAGAACGUCUCCACGCAGAAGCUGUGCGCCUACCUGGGCAGCAGCGAGGUGCAGCGGGAGUGCGAGCACGACCUGCUGCAGGCCGCCCUGCAGUGGCUGACGCAGCAGCCCGAGCGCGAGGCCCACGCCUACCAGGUGCUGGAGAACAUCCACUUCCCGCUCAUCCCCAAGAACGACCUGCUGCACCGCGUCAAGCCGGCCGUGUGCUCCCUGCUGCCCCGCGAGGCCAACUGCGAGGGCUUCAUCGAGGAGGCCGUGCGCUACCACAACAGCCUGGCGGCCCAGCCGGUCAUGCAGACCAAGCGCACGGCCCUCCGCACCACCCAGGAGUGCCUGCUGUUUGUGGGCGGCGAGGUCUCCGAGCGGUGUCUGGAGCUCAGCGACGACACCUGCUACCUGGACGCCCGGAGCGAGCAGUGGGUCAAGGAGACGCCCCUGCCGGCCCGGCGGAGCCACCACUGCGUCGCCGUGCUGGGGGGGUUCAUCUUCAUCGCCGGCGGCAGCUUCUCGCGGGACAACGGAGGGGAUGCGGCAUCCAAUCUUCUUUAUAGGUAUGACCCCCGCUGUAAACAGUGGAUCAAGGUGGCCUCCAUGAAUCAGCGCCGCGUGGAUUUCUACUUGGCCUCCAUCGAAGACAUGCUGGUGGCCGUCGGCGGCCGGAAUGAGAAUGGAGCUCUCUCGUCGGUAGAGACCUACAGUCCCAAGACCGACUCCUGGUCCUAUGUGGCCGGCUUGCCAAGGUUCACGUACGGCCACGCGGGCACCAUCUACAAAGACUUCGUGUACAUCUCGGGGGGCCACGACUACCAGAUCGGCCCCUACCGCAAGAACCUGCUGUGCUACGACCACCGGACAGACGUGUGGGAGGAGCGGCGGCCCAUGACCACGGCGCGCGGCUGGCACAGCAUGUGCAGCCUGGGGGACAGCAUCUACUCCAUCGGCGGCAGCGACGACAGCCUCGAGUCCAUGGAGCGCUUCGACGUGCUGGGCGUGGAGGCCUACAGCCCGCAGUGCAACCAGUGGACCCGCGUGGCACCACUGCUGCACGCCAACAGCGAGUCGGGCGUGGCCGUGUGGGAGGGCCGCAUCUACAUCCUGGGCGGCUACAGCUGGGAGAACACGGCCUUCUCCAAGACGGUGCAGGUCUACGACCGCGAGAAGGACAAGUGGAGCAAGGGCACCGACCUGCCCAAGGCCAUCGCCGGCGUGUCCGCCUGCGUGUGCGCCCUGAAGCCACGGCUGGAGGACAAGAAGAAGAAGGGCAAGGGCAAGAGGCCCCAGGACCGCGGCCAGUGACGCCGCCGCCGCCACCACCACCGCCUGCGGCGCGUCUGCAGACCAGCAGCCACUUGGUAGAAUCCCGGAACCAUUACUGACAACUUAGCAGCUUUUUUUACUUUUAUGAUUCUUGGUAUUUCUAUGACAUCACCGUAACCGACUAAAUAUUCUGUAUGACUUGA